UAAGUGACGUUCACAUUCACCUGCGCCGGCGACGAUACCCCAGUCAUACUUGGUGUAUCGAGCAAACCACUUCUAUACUUUGGAAUUACUUUUUUUUUAAUUGUGUUGUGCCAGUAUCCUAGCAAAUAAUUCAAAAUGGCGACAGGGCGGCAUUGGGUGAAUGUUUUUGCACUAUUGGCCACCAUCACAAUCGUCGCGUCCGUCCAAGUAGAGGAUCCUUGCAAGCUGAAAUCCCGCGUCACCGCUGAUGAUAAGUACUGUGACAAAUACUGGGAGUGUGAGAACGGUCAAGCGGUGCAGUAUGAUUGUCCAAACGGUCUGGUCUUCGCGGGCAAGCACAGAGGAGUGACGGAAGGCUGUGACUACCCGUGGAGGUCUAAUUACUGCGAGUACCCUAAAGUACAGAUAAAUCCACCUCUCGGCACUGAGCACUGUGACUGGUUAUACGGCAUCUUCGGGCACGAGACCUCCUGCACCAGAUACUGGACCUGCUGGAACGGUACAGCAACAGAACAGCUCUGCAUUGGCGGUCUGCUAUAUAACGAGAACGCUCAUUCCUGCGACUGGCCAGAGAAUGUAGACGGCUGUCAGAAACAUCCCCUCUGCAACGAGGACCCCAACGGCAACGUGCCACUUGGCAAGUCCUGCAACCGCUACUGGCAGUGCCAAGGCGGCUACCCUCGGCUGCAGCGCUGCCCCGCUAUGCUGGUGUUCGACCGCCGCUCGCUGCGCUGCGUAGUUCCUCCCACAGAAGAGUGUGACAUUCCAACUACCACCGGACCACCACCAGAGGAGGAAGAACAGCGCCAAGCGCAACGGCAAGAGCAGAACCCGCACAAGUCCAACCGGCCAAGCAAGGAAUACAACCUGGACGGCCAACGCCCGAGACCCAGAAACUAAAGAUUAUCCAAAGGCAUCGUAUUUAUUGCCAAAUCUAAUUUAGACUUUAAAUCUAUCUCCAAUAGAUAUAAAAUACACGAGCAAUAGAGUUGAUUGAGAUGUAUUGAGAAUGUGAGGUUAUUGGUAUCCCUUCUAUUUUUAGACUUCUUUAUUUGUAAUAGAAAUGAAGGUAUAAUUGGCUAUUUAAUAUUAUUUAUUAUAAGACCAGAUCAGGACCAUUAUCUUACUUUGCUGAUUACUUGGAAAUUGAUCGAGCCUAGUUUCUUAAAACACUAGUUCUAGAAUUUUCUCUUAAAAUAAACAUUUGUAAACCCUAAAAUAUUUUGAGUAGGAACAUUCCAAUAUGCAAAGUCUAUUAAAAGUCUUUUAUAGCAAACUUUCUUUCAUCUUGGUGAUUAAUAACGAAGUAUGCUACUCCAAAGGCUAAAGGGAAAAGUUUUAUCGUUUCUCCCAUCUUUACUUUCCAACUUCUCAUAUUCCAUAUGUUAAUAAAUUUCCCCACCCGUAUUUGUUUAGGCGUUUUAUCAACGUGCGUUUGAACCACAGUUUGAACCGUGGCGGUUUCAUUUCCAAAUAGUUCAAAGACCAACAGUUUCAUUUUAGAGACAUUUUUUCACAUCAUUUCGGGUCAAAACGUUGUUGAACCUUUUAAAAGAAAUACAAACACACAUAUUUAUGAAAUAUAUCUGAGUUAUUGAUACGUUACAUACACGAAAUAAAAGUCAUUUUCAAUGAUACUAAUGAAAAAACCGAAGCGAUUCAAACGUUCGUUCUUGAAACGAAAAUGCUGUUUAGGCUAUCUAGAGUAUAUGUAAAUUAUCUUCUUAAUGAUUUGUCAAAGAAAUACUCAAUUAACGGACAAUAUUCAUUAGUUAAGAGUAAGUUAAUUUUAAGUUAAAUAAAAGUACUUUAUAAAUUAA